AUGUACGCCCCGGCUUCUCUACAACUAGCUGCCGACUUUGGUAUCAAUGAUGACAGCGUCAUCAUCACAUUGAGCAUCACUAUUACUUCGUUGGGAGCAUCAAUGGGACCUCUACUAUUUGCUCCUUUGUCAGAGGCUUAUGGACGUGUUCCUGUACACUGGGCUAGCGCAUGGUUGUUCAUAUGCUGCACGAUUGGCUGCUCGCGAAGUAUAAAUGUAGCCAUGUUUCUCAUUUUCCGGUUCCUAAGCGGCGCCUGCACUGCGUCUUUCAUGACUUGUGGCGGAGGUACUAUUGCCGAUUUGCUGCCAAAAGAAGAGCGUGGAACCGCGAUGGCGCUUUUCACUGCUGGACCACUCCUUGGUCCUGUUAUUGGGCCUAUUAUUGGGGGAUUCGUGACUCAGUCCUUGAGUUGGCGUUGGACGUUCUACUUGGUUUUAAUGUUGGCCGGUGUGGUCACAAUUAUUGCCAUGGUUACAAUGAGCGAAACGAAUGCUGGUACCAUUCUAAGCAGAAAAGCUGCACGGCUGCGCAAGGAAACCGGCAAUCUUCAGCUUCAUACCGCACAGAGCUUGCAGCCCAGUCUUCGACCGCGUGAAUUCGUUGAGUGCAUCAUUCUCCGUCCCGUUCGAGUCCUUCUUUUUUCGCCUAUCGUUAUGUUGAUGGGGGUAUAUAUGGCGUUUAUCUUCGGCUUAACAUUUCUCCUCUUUGCCACUUUCCCGUCUGUUUUCGAGGAGACAUACGAAUGGAAGGUGGGCUUCACUGGCCUGGCAUAUCUAGAGCUUGGCAGAGAUGGUGCACCGGAGCGGCGCUUGAUUCUCAUGAUGGCAUUUACUUUCUGUAUACCAGGUGGCAUGUUUUGGUACAGCUGGGCUGCUGAUCGUUCUGCGCAAUGGGUCGUUCCUAUCAUUGGAACGGUCUUCAUUGGAAUGGGAAUACUUAUCCUUUCCUCUUCGGCCCAGCUUUAUAUAAUGGAUAUGUUUGGCCCGCAAGCUGCAGCCUCUUCGCUGGCAGCUCUUACACUUGUGAGGAAUGCUUCGGGGGCAUUCCUUCCAUUGGCCGCAAAUCCACUCUACAGAAGACUUGGCCUGGGAUGGGGGAAUAGUGUGUUGGCUUUUAUCACUCUCGCUUUUACACCGGUUCCCUUUGUCUUCUACAAAUAUGGUGGGUGGCUGCGAGAAAAAUUUCCCUUGAAGCUGUGA